UUGAGGAAUUUUUGACCCUUGUUACGCAGAUAGAGGGAAUUUUAAACUCUAGACCAAUUACUCCAUUAUCUACAAAUGCAAAUGAUAUGAACGCUCUGACGCCAGGUCAUUUUUUAAUAGGGCGUCCAAUAACUGCCCCCAUAGAACCCGAAAUCACUCCAAUUCCAGAUAACAGAUUGUCUAGAUGGGAAAGAGUUACAAAAUUGACUCAAAAUAUUUGGAAAAGGUGGCAAAGAGAUUACUUGUCUAAUUUACACGAACGAACUAAGUGGCAAUUUUCAAAGGAUAAUGUUACCCCUGGUACAAUGGUUCUAGUUAGGGAAGAUAAUCUUCCAGUAUGUCAUUGGUUAAUUGGUAGAGUUGAAGAAACUAUAGCUGGCAAAGAUAAAAAGGUUAGGGUUGUUUUAGUGCGAACUUCUAAAGGUUUAUUUAAAAGACCAAUUCAUAAAUUGAGUAUUUUACCUAUUGAGAACACUAAAUAG